UCUAAACAAAGUGGUCAACGUAGGUCACAUUAACUUUUUUGAGCUAAUGUGACUAAAAGGCUCUUCAUAUUUUAUUUUUAAAAAUGUCAAAAAAUAUUGUACCUGUAAUUUUCAGACUGGGCUUUGAAACAAAAUCAGAGUAUCGGUGUCUCCUAAGCCGUUUAGCCUUGACGCCUGCAGUUGUGUCUGCUCGGGCGCUGUUCUUUUUGAGUGCUGGGAAUGAAAACCAGAUAAAUUAUACAAAACGUCAAGCGUCAGGUGCUCCUGUGUUCACUCCUGUCUCCUGGAGAAUGAGGCCUUCAAUCACGAGAAUGAGCUCAGCAACACAGACGACACUGGACCCAGACGAAAUGAAGAGAUUCCAGUCCCUUGCCAGCAAAUGGUGGAAUGAACAGGGGGAGUUUGCAGCACUUCAUGCUAUGAAUGACCUGAGAGUCCCCUUUAUAAGGGAUAAUCUGUUGAAUUUAAGUGGUGGUCGAAAACUGGGAUGUCCUUUAUCUGGCUUUAAAAUACUAGAUGUUGGUUGUGGAGGAGGCCUGCUGAGUGAGCCCCUGGGGAGACUUGGGGCUUCAGUCGUGGGAAUUGAUCCCUUAGAGGAAAGCAUCCAAACUGCGGAGCUGCACAAGUCUUUCGAACCUGUGUUGAGCAAGCAGGUCCAGUACAGGGCCUGUUUGCUGGAAGACAUCGCUGAGGAAUCGAGACAGGUGUUUGAUGCGGUUGUAGCAUCGGAAGUGGUGGAACAUGUGAAUGACCUGGAGACCUUUAUAAAAUGUUGUCUGGAUGUUUUGAAGCCAGGAGGAUCUUUGUUCAUUACUACAAUAAACAAAACCAACCUGUCCUAUGUGUUAGGCAUUGUGGUUGCUGAAAGGGUUUUGAAAAUUGUACCAAAUGGAACACAUGACUGGGAGAAGUUUAUUAAUCCUGUGGACCUGGAACGACUUCUUGAAUCAAAUGGAUUCUGUGUUGAAUCUAUUCAUGGAAUGCUCUACAACCCUGUGUCUGGUUCAUGGAGCUGGACUAAGAGCACAUCUCUCAACUACGCAGUUCAUGCAGUGAAGCAGAAAGAACAACCACAGUCUGAUUUCACAAAAAGGUCAGAAGAUCAGGAACAGUGGGAUAACAGCCAGUAGUACCUCUGAGGUUACGACUCAUAGCUGAUAAUGGUGGAGAAGGCAAAGUUUUGAUUUUUUUUAUCGAGACAUCAAAAAAAUGUUCUCAGUAAGCAGUCAAUCACUUUACAUAAAAAUAUCCCUAAAAAAAAUCAGGUUUGAAUUUGCUUUAGUGUGGUUACCAUUCUGCAUGUAUCUAGGUACUUUGUAAGGACACUUUUGUGAAUAAAAUAUAUUAUUUAGCUUGUUUUCAUUUCUUCUUUCA